GUGUCCGACGUGGAGAUGGAAUACACAAUGGAUGUCUUCUUUCGUCAAACGUGGACUGAUGAGAGGUUGAAAUUUAGUGGGCCAACUGAAAUUUUGAGACUAAACAAUUUAAUGGUCAGUAAAAUUUGGACACCGGACACAUUUUUUAGAAAUGGAAAAAAAUCAAUUGCUCACAAUAUGACAACUCCUAACAAACUUUUCAGAAUUAUGCAGAAUGGAACUAUUCUUUACACAAUGAGACUAACCAUUAAUGCUGAUUGUCCUAUGAGGCUGGUGAACUUCCCGAUGGAUGGACAUGCUUGUCCACUGAAAUUUGGAAGCUAUGCUUAUCCAAAAAGUGAAAUAAUUUAUACUUGGAAAAAAGGACCAUUACACUCAGUAGAAGUACCACAGGAGUCUUCCAGUCUUCUGCAGUAUGACCUCAUAGGACAAACUGUAUCUAGUGAAACAAUUAAAUCUAACACAGGUGAAUAUGUAAUCAUGACAGUUUAUUUCCACUUGCAAAGGAAGAUGGGCUACUUCAUGAUACAGAUAUACACUCCUUGCAUUAUGACAGUCAUUCUUUCUCAGGUGUCUUUCUGGAUUAACAAGGAGUCUGUUCCAGCCAGGACAGUUUUUGGAAUCACUACAGUUCUCACAAUGACCACUUUAAGCAUCAGUGCCCGCCAUUCUCUUCCCAAGGUGUCCUAUGCCACUGCCAUGGAUUGGUUCAUAGCCGUGUGCUUUGCCUUUGUCUUCUCUGCACUUAUUGAGUUUGCAGCUGUCAACUACUUCACCAAUCUGCAGACUCAGAGAGCGAUGAGGAAGGCAGCCAGGGCAGCAGCACUGGCAGCAGCACUAUCAGCAGCAACUGUACCGGCAGAGGACGAGAUUGUCUCGCAUUCUGACUCCAACUCUAACCUGAAGAAGCGAGUAAACUCUGUAACAUCUCAGACAGAGCAGUCUCCUGAGCCCAGCAUAAUAUCAAAUACUGCAGCCCAGUGUCAACCACUGUCUGUUCCACCACCAGCCCCACCACAACCACCAGCUAUUGGAGGUGCAAGUAAAAUAGACCAGUAUUCCAGGAUCCUCUUUCCAGUGGCAUUUGCAGGAUUCAACCUGGUGUACUGGGUUGUUUAUCUUUCGAAAGACACUAUGGAAGUGAGUAGUAAAUUUUCUGAAUGUUCUUCUAUAAUAUGUAAUAUGUUUACUUGGGCAGCAAUUUCAGUUGUUCAUUUACUGUUGCAACUCAGUUCAUCAUUCCUUUCUGAGUAAUACUAGAAGGUUUUCUCAAAAAAAAAAGAAAAAAAAAACAGCUGUAGCACUCAGCACAAUGCAGAAAGGCUGUUUGAGAAAGGGAGAUGUAAACACCUCUCUCUAACCCAUACUGCAUUGAGCAGAAAAUUCUCUGUAAGACAGCACAUGAUGCCAUUCUCAGCAAACAAACUGAUCUUAAAUCUUCUGUUUCUUAACCUGUGUAAGGAAUGGUAGAAGU